AGUAUCUGCUUAGCCCUCGCCCUGCUCGGCUCGAAAAUUGCGGCUUUGCAGGUCACGCCAAACUCGCCUUGCUCUUCCUUUUGUGUCGAUUCUAAAGGCUUGGAUAUUUCGGACCCUAAUUCAUCAAACACUGCCAAUGAUGACAUCACAUGUUACGACAAGGAGUUUUCCUCCACGUUGGCUGGACAGAAGUUCCAGAGAUGUAUGAGCUGUCUACAGGACAGUUCCUUUAUCCAAGGCUCAGAAAGUGAUCAAUCUUGGUUCUUAUACAACUUGAGAUAUACCUUUGACUACUGCGUCUUUGGAUUUCCCAAUGCAACCAACGUAGCCUCAACACCAUGCUCGACCUCAACAGCCUGCGGCGGAUUAGAGGAAGCCUUAACAGGCGACAAUCUUGAUGUGACAGGUUUGCAGGCGUACGGAUACUGCAGCGCGGACGGCGGCGCAAUGACGGACACAACUAUUUCCAAGUGCAAGGCCUGCAUAGCUGCUUCCGAUGGUCAAGACUAUAUGGCCAACUUUAUGGUCGCUCUUGAGGCAGGAUGCCAGCAGCAGCCCACAAACGGCACACUGAUUGGGCUCAAUGACACCGUUUUCUCGACAUCACUGGUCAGUAUAGUCGAUCCUGCAGCUUCAUCAGCAGAAUCCAGCGCUCAUAAGGCAUUGCCGACUACAACUGUUGUCGGAAUCGCAAUUGCUGCUGUUGUCGUUAUUUUGGCGAUUGCUGGGUUCUUCUUCGUACGUCACAGGAAACAACGUAACCGUCGGGUCCGCCUCGGAGGAUCUCCCAAGACGCGCCCUCCCAAGCGAAGCAAUCAUCGUCCAGUCUCUUCGCUAUCUUUCCGCUGUCAGGCGCCCCUGUCGCCUCGUUCGCCGAAUUUAUUUUCUGGUCCAACUGAGAGGCCCAUACCAGAGGAGAAGCAAUUCACUUCCCCCACGAUCGCAUUUACACCAAACAGGGCGACAUCCGAACCAACCAUCACAAAGUUUUCUCAGUGGGACUCGAGGCCGGGUUUCAAGUUGGAGCGUAGUGCUCGCGGCAACGGUCCCAGCUUGCCACUCUAUAAUAUAUCAACUGCUGCACCAACUAUUCCCACCAACGUCUACCAUUCGACGUCGCCCAAAUCUAGGAACUUCUCGCCGAUCGACGAUAUGACAACACCGGCGAGUACGACCAGUAACAAGAGCACUGCGCAUCUCCUACCUCUAAAACCAUACAAUCCGGCUGAAUAUGGUGCCUCCGUGCCACAAAUGGGCACAGUCCCUGAAGCAUCUUAUGCAAGCCCAACCUCAGCUUCAACGUCGAGCCCACUAAUCAGCCGCGCCUGGGACCAGAAGAAACCAGCUUGGGACACUCCGCUACCACCCAGGCCUUCAAGUCGGCCGGCCAUCAGUGUUCUAAGUAUACUGGGUGGAAAUAAGGGGAAGAGGUCAAGCAGUAAUACAGGGAGCCCUGUUGAGACGAAAGAGAUCAGCGUUAUGUUCCAGGGACCGCCUUCGCCA